GGAGGAGGAGAAGCUUCCCCUGAAAGAUUUCGAACAAAAACUUCUGCAGAACUGGCCAACGGCUCGGAAGAUGGAACAGCUGGAGGUUUUGGAAGAAGAGAAGAGAUUUCAUGAUAAGACUAUGGAAUUUCUCCAAAAUCAACACGAGAAGCUUGAACAGGAGCUGCACAUGUUGAAGGAAAAAACUCAGCAGAUACAGCAGGAAAACCAGGAGAAGUUUAAUACCUUAGGCUGCAAAAAAACUCUGCAAACGGACAGACUGAUGGAGAUGAAGAGGAAGUUCAGGGAAAUGGAGCAGGUGGUGAAAGAAUACAGAGAGGAGCAAGAGAUUUUACGCCAAAAGGAAGCUGAGGACCGAGCUGCGAUCAAGAUCCAAACCUGGUGGAGAGGCUGCAUGGUCCGCCUAGGCCUCAGUGCUUUCAGUAGAGAAAGAGAGAGCAAGAAAAGCAAGAAGACCAAAGGGAAGAAGACCAAAGGGAAGAUGAAGACCAAAGAGAAGUAGAAGAAGGAGACAUUGCCUGUUAACAAAUCAGGCAAAAAUUAGAAGAAAAAAAAAAUAUUAACAUUCUACGUGGAAUCUAAGA